CCCACAAAAUCUAUGAACUUACAACACAGAGCAUCGAUAUUUUGACGUAACGCGACAGAAAAGAGGAUUUUAUCUUCAUUACAGACGAACAGACUCACAUAUUUAAUAAACACGGAGAUAAAUAAAGUAGAGAAAUGACCGGAGACGAGCUUCAUGGAGAAUCUGGAGCUGGGGUGUUAAACAUACGGCUAUGGGAUAAAAGCGGUCCUCCAGAGGGUCCAACAUGAGGCCCGUGGACCAAAAGCGGUCCUCCAGAGGGUCCAACAUGAGGCCCGUGGACCAAAAGCGGUCCUCCAGAGGGUCCAACAUGAGGCCCGUGGUCCAAAAGCGGUCCUCCAGAGGGUCCAACAUGAGGCCCGUGGACCAAAAGCGGUCCUCCAGAGGGUCCAACAUGAGGCCCGUGGACCAAAAGCGGUCCUCCAGAGGGUCCAACAUGAGGUCCGUGGUCCAAAAGUGGUCCUCCAGAGGGUCCAACAUGAGGCCCGUGGUCCAAAAGCGGUCCUCCAGAGGGUCCAACAUGAGGCCCGUGGUCCAAAAGCGGUCCUCCAGAGGGUCCAACAUGAGGUCCGUGGUCCAAAAGCGGUCCUCCAGAGGGUCCAACAUGAGGUCCGUGGUCCAAAAGCGGUCCUCCAGAGGGUCCAACAUGAGGUCCGUGGUCCAAAAGCGGUCCACCAGAGGGUCCAACAUGAGGUCCGUGGUCCAAAAGCGGUCCUCCAGAGGGUCCAACAUGAGGUCCGUGGUCCAAAAGCGGUCCUCCAGAGGGUCCAACAUGAGGUCCGUGGUCCAAAAGUGGUCCUGCAGAGGGUCCAACAUGAGGUCCGUGGGCCAAAAGCGGUCCACCAGAGGGUCCAAUCCGGUCCUCAAAGUGUUAAAUUCCAGAGAAAACAUUAACUGCAGAUUGUAAAUUAGUAAAACUAUAAAUUUAAAAUCAUUUCUAGACCAUGACAAGUUGUUUGGAUCAUAAAGUAAAAUACUAGAUUGUUCUUUGUUCUGUCGUUUUGUGUCUCAUUUUUGUCUUGUUUUUCCAUCUUCUGAUUUGUGUUGUUCAUGUUUUUGUCAUUUUGUUUCUCACUUUUGUCCAUUUUUUCAUUGCUUUGUAACUGUUCUCUAAUUUUUUGUCUCUUGUUUCGCGUCAUUUAUCUCAUUUUUUGUCGUUUUGUGUCUCAUUUUUGUAACAUUUUGUCAUGUUUUUCUUGCGUUUCCUUUUUGUCUCGCUUGUGUUUUUUUGUCUUAUUUUUCUCAUUUUGUCUUUUGCUUUAUAUGUUGUUUUCUGUCUCAUUUGUUCAUUUUUUGUCCCUUUGAAACUUUUGUGCCGAUUUUUUUGUCAUUUUGUUUCUCAUUUUUUGUCAUUUUGUGUCUCAUUUUUGUAACAUUUUGUUUUAUUUUUGUUGUUUUGUUUCGUGUUUUUGUUGUUUUGCAUUUCCUUUUUGUCUGGCUUGCUUGUUUUUUUUGUCUUAUUUUUUUCAUUUUGUGUUUUGCUUUUUCGUUGUUUUGUCUCGUUUGUUCAUUUUUUGUGCCUUUGUAACUUUUGUGCCUAUUUUUUGUCUCUUUUUUGUUUCUUUUGUGUCAUUUGUCUUAUUUUUUGUCAUUUUGUUUCUCAUUUGUCGUCAUUUUGUGGCGCAUUUUUCUAACAUUUUGUUAUAUUUUGCCUGACUUUUGUUGUUUUGUUUCUUGUUUUUUGUUGUUUUGCAGUUUCUUUUUGUCCGGCUUCAGUUUUUUUGUCUUAUUUUUGUGUUUCACUUCAUUUAUUUUGUUGUUUUGUCCAUUGGGCUGAAUGUGGCCUCUGAUCUAGAAGCAGAAAUGAGCUCCAACAGCAGCUGAAGGUUCAGUCAGCAGAACUCACAUCAGCAGAGUUCAGCCCGAGGCUUCUGUCUCCUCGUGGAUCUGCUUCCUCCUUCGUUUCCGUUCUACACGUCGACCCUGAAUACGACUCGAGACGCUCAGAAAAGAACACAUUUUUUGGGUUUGGGUGCAGAAUUUUGGCGUCUCGUCGUGUUUCAGAUCAAAGAACGUUUCUAACAGGAAGGACUGAAGUGAACCGAAGAACUUUUUGUUGGACUGAAUUCUUUCUUCUAACGCUUCAAACUCAUUUGUUUUUUAUUCUGCAUGU